CAGAGAGGCUGAAUGUCUGCAGGACAUGCUCAACCUUUGUCUAUCCAUGUUCCUCUACUAACAACCAUCAGAGUUAGCAUAUUGAUGCAGAGAGACCGAUACUCUGCUCCACGUAGACAGCACCCGGGUCUCUAUGACAAAGCUAAAAAACGCUUGUAGAAAGUGACGUUGCAGAUCUCUGGAAGUCGGUAAAGUUAGUGGCUCCUGGAGAGCCGCAUGUGGAGCUGUUGUUUACGUGCAGAACCAUCUUUAGGUUUAGGGAGGCAUUCAAAGUUUGCCCUCUUGUUCCUCGUCCGUCUGACCUCGAAGGCGUCACUGAGGUGCUCACUUCUGACACGUUUGGGCCAGUGCUAGCUGACUCCGAAGGCAAUUUCACUCCCAUUUUUUUUCCCAUCCCUCCGUUGCUUUGGAUUAGCCUCCUGACGUUGUCGCCACAAUGUGGGAGUUCCGUUCCAUGUCGUUCUGGCGGGCGGUGUUCGCCGAGUUCUACGGCACCAUGUUCUUUGUGUUCUUCGGACUGGGGGCCGCUCUGCGCUGGACCACCGGGCCCCUCAACGUCCUCCACGUGGCCUUCUGCUUUGGCCUGGCCGCCGCCACCCUCAUCCAGUCCAUUGGCCACAUCAGCGGGGGGCACAUCAACCCGGCCGUCACCUUCGCCUACCUGAUCGGAUCCCAGAUGUCCCUGUUCCGCGCAUUCUUCUACAUCGUGGCCCAGUGUCUCGGGGCAAUGGCUGGGGCGGCCGUGCUCUACGGGGUCACCCCGAACAACAUGAGGGGCAACCUGGCUCUGAACACGCUGCAGCCAGGCAUCAGUUUGGGCAUGGCCACCACUAUGGAGGUGUUCCUCACACUGCAGCUGGUCGUCUGCAUCUUCGCUGUGACCGAUGAGAGGCGCAACGGGCGCCUGGGCUCUGCCGCCCUGGCCAUUGGCUUCUCUGUGCUCAUGGGACAUCUGCUGGGGAUGUAUUACACGGGUGCUGGGAUGAACCCUGCCAGGUCCUUUGCCCCCGCCAUACUGGUCAGAAACUUUGCCAACCACUGGGUGUACUGGGUGGGUCCGAUGAUCGGCGGUGCCAUGGGAGCCAUUAUCUAUGACUUCCUGCUGUUCCCCCGCAUGCGCGGCCUCUCCGAGAGGAUGGCCAUACUGAAGGGCAACAGGCCCCCUGAGGCCGAGAGCCAGCAGGACACUCGAGGGGAGCCCAUCGAGCUCAAGACUCAGGCCCUAUAAGCCUGGCGCUGCGUGGUUGGCUUCCUGCACCCCCCACCCCACAGCCCCGGUCCAUUCCUCACCCCCUUCCGAACCACCCAACCCAUCCGACACACAUACAAACACACUUCGGCACACAUACCUCUUCCUCUCUUCCCCUCUGACCUGCACACACACACACACACACACACACCCACCCAUCACCCUCGUGACAGCUCUUCUCCUUCCUCAUCGUCACUCUGCCGAAGCCCUAACCCUCGCCACGCCCUCAGCUCCCAGCGGCCCCUCCCCCACACUACCCCCCACCCCCCAGGACUGCAGGACAAAGAUGGAGGGUAAGAAGAGGACUUAGUUGCCACUGAAGAAAGCAGCCUGCACCCCUCUUUGGUUUGUGGUGUAGGGACUGGGUCACUCCUGGUUGACCAGUUGGCUGUAACUGCUCAGGACAGGGGCAUCUCUCUCUCUUUCUCUCUUCUCUUCUCUCUAUCUUUUUUGUAGUCUGCUAGGAGUGAAGCUACAGUAGAGCAGUGGACUUCUGCAUGCUUUUUCAAUUUUCUCAUCCAGUUUGAAUCUCUCCCCUGUGUGUUUUUCGUUUUUGUUUUAUGAAACUUCGGGUAUUUUUCAUCCAUGUUAUUAUUAUACCUUUAAAGAAUUUCUGAGGAUUUUAUUAGACCCAAAUUCUAUUUUUAAGUCAUGCGUGUGUUGUGUGUGUGUGUGUGUGUGUGUGUGUGCGUGUAUGUGCGUGCGUGCGUGUGCGUGUGCGUGCGUGCCUGUUUUAGCAGACCAUUUUAAUUUUGGGCUUUUUUUCACUACCACAAUGACUUCCCUUGUUCGUUAAUGUGGAUUUCUUGUUUUAGUGAUCACGCUGAUGCCAAUUUUAAGGGAAAGAAGCAUAUUUUGUCCCCCUUCCUUCAGUGAUUUCACCACAGUAAAAUGUAUGAUUCCCUGGGUGAUUUACAGAUAACAUAUUUAGAGUGCUCCCCUUUUAAUGCAAAGCCCUUACAGGUCAAGUCUUGAAAUUGUUCAGUUAAAUUUGGAGUCUGUGUCUCUUCAAGGGGGGUCCAAACAGUCAUAUUUAUAUGGAAAUAAACACACAAAAAUUAACUUGUGUUUUCUUAACUCAAUCGACAUUGCUAUUUAAACACAUACUCUUGAAAUUGUAUAUUAUUAUUAAUUUAUUACUACAGAAUUCCACUGUUGACUUCAGACUCUGUUGUCUCUCCUUGACUUUGAUACAGCAAUGUUAAGUGCCUGAGAAGAUAGAAUGUCUUCUACUGUAUGCAGUUCAGUACAAGUAUUAUCUGUGCCUGUUUUGUUUUCCAAAGUUUCUGGAAUGCUUCUUUUUUAAUUUUUAUUUAAUUUUUAAUUAAAGCUUUUGCCCUUUACAGCGGUUUUAUGUACAGGCGUGUGAUAGCUGGUUUGGCUUUCAUUUUGUGUCAUUUUAUGUGACAAUAACAAAGAAAACCAGAUCCCGACUGGUUUGGCCAUGUGGAUCAAGCUCGUUUUCUUAGUUGAUUGUAGUUAUUUAUUAUACAUAACCUUAAAGAAAUGAUUGUGUUAUUUCACCAAAACCAUGGUUGAAAACCAAAACCGAGUGCAUGAUGAUGCAGUGGCUUCUUGCUGGUGUUAGCAGACACCUGGUGCUUUCUCUUUUCUUUUGGUGGUGGUGGGGGGUUCUCUUUUCUUAUUCCGGGAGGUUCUUUUUCUUUCUAAGGGGAGAAGGUUGGGUCGUUUCAGGAUUGGCUGGUUAUUUCCAAUGCACCGGCAUGCCCCCUUAAUGACAUCUGGUCUGUGUAGCCCUCCAAACUCAGGUUCUUAGCCUGAUUCCUGAUCUGUUUGUGCCAUGUAACCUUCAAGUUAGCAAUGCAGCACGAAAAGAUCUGAAACCAGGCUACGAUUCUUAUACCUGGCGUGGGGGUGGGGGUGCGAAGAGAAGAGAGAAAAGCAUCACGUUAGGCUGAGGCGACUGAAUUCUUUAUUGCGUUAUUUGCCGACUGAAGAUGUGAGGCAAUCCAAACGUGCACCUGUAUGAUUUCUUCAUGACAACUGCAUCAGAGGGAAAUGAAACUUGAAGGUCAGCCCCUCACCCCACCACGCACACUUUCCCAUUGGUCCUCGUCUUCCCUCCAUUCCACCUCUCUGCUUUCACCUCUCACCUCCCUCUAUAUACAAGGCAGCAUUUUUUUUUAAUUCUGAUCUUGUAAUGAAAGCUCAGUUGACGCUGCAGGGGGCUCUGGUGAUGGGAGGAGGGCGCUCUGGUGAUGGGAGGAGGGGGCUUUGGUGAUGGGAGGAGGGGGCUCUGGUGAUGGGAGGAGGGGGCACUGAAGUGUUGACUCAGCGCAUAGUGUUUUUUCAACCCCCCCUCCCUUUCCAUUUUCACUACCUGAUAGAGCAGAUAAUUCCGGAUAUGUAAGCUCAUACUUUUACUUUUUACAUAUGCUUUUCAUUCCGCUUGAUUCCCCUCAGCAAUAGAAGAGUUUUUCUUUCUCAUUUCAGUUCAUGAUUUCUGUUGAACAUUUAGAAAUUUAAAUAAUUGUGUUUGUAUUCCAUUGAAAAGCUUUGUGAUGUACAGUGUAAAAUUUUCUUUUUUAAUUUACCAUGAUUGUUGAAACAGGAUGCAUAGACAAUAUCAUUUCAAAGCUAUAUAAUGUCUCCUCUUUGGAAAUUUGAUUAUGAAAGCUAGGGGAAAAGAUGUGAUACAGUUCAACAAUGUGCUUGGAUCCUAUCAAGAACAUAUUGAUACAUUCUUUCAUAAUCAGAGAACGCUGGAGUUAAUAUUUUUAUAUGUUAAAAAACUUCCUAAAAUUGA